AUGGGUUGUAAACUGUCCCAGCUGGCGGCUUCAGAGUUCACCCAGGACCCACUGGACCGUCCACCACCGCCGGCCGACCCCAGGUCACCACUGACCGCCAAACAGCAGUACUGCAUGCUCGCUUCGUGGAAAGGAAUCUUCCGGCAGAUCGAAAAAACAGGCGUCAUUCUAUUUGUCAAGCUGUUCCAAGAGAACGAGGAGUUGCUGCAUCUGUUCGAGGACUUCCGUCACUUGCGCACCAUCGAGGCGCAAGUGAGCUCUGCUGAGCUGGCGGAACACGCCACUAAGGUCAUGCACACUCUGGACGAGGGCAUCAAGGGCCUCAACGACAUGGACGCGUUCUUCGCGUACGUACGCCACGUGGGUGGCACCCACACCCAGGUGCCUGGAUUCGUCGCUGAAAACUUCAUGAAAAUCGAGCAACCAUUCUUGGAAGCGGCUAGAACGACACUCGGCGAUAGAUACACCCCCAACAUCGAGAAUAUAUACAAGAUAACGAUAAAAUUCAUUUUGGAGAAUUUGGUCCGAGGGUACGAGGAAGCGAAGGCGGAAAAGGAAAAUGGGAAGGGUCAA